CUUUUGGAGGCAAUCAUGUUUGAGCGGGAAAUAUCCACAUCAUAUACGGCCGACUCUCCAAAUGAAAUAUUUUUUCGAUCCUCAAGACUCGAACUUUAUACCUUGCUAACAAUGCUAAGAGGAUAGACAUGUACCACUUAAACCAACCGGUUGUUGCGAGAACCAAUUUUUAUUAUUCUUCCAUUUCGUAUUGUCAUUCCAUCAUACUAACCAGCAUUGCUGUUUCCGGUAUCCUCACCAAGCAAGCAAGACUGAUGUGGGAAGUUUAUGACGAUGAUUUCUUUGAUCGAGUCCAAGAGUUUAACUCUCAAGAACGCACUCUCUAGAUUGAUUGAACAAUGCAAGAACCUCAGGGAACUCAAAAGAAUUCACACCCAGAUUUUAACGUCUCCAAAUUUACACUCAAGUGACCAAUAUCAUCUCAUUACUCGGCUACUUUUCUCUUGCUCCUUCGGAAGCUCUUUCACCUAUGCCACCAAUGUUUUUCACAUGAUCAAUAACCCAGAUCUUCGUGUCUACAACAUCAUGAUCAGAGCAUAUGCAGGCAUGGAUGGAGUUGAUGACAGGCAUUUCUGCAGGGCUAUGGUGCUGUACAAGAAAAUGCUUUGCGAUGGCAUUUUUCCCAAUUGCCUUACUUUUCCAUUCCUCAUAAAGGGUUGCACUAGGUGGAUGGAUGGAGCUAGUGGUGAAAUUGUGCAUGCCCAAGUGGUGAAGUUUGGAUUUUUGAGCGAUGUUUUUAAUGGGAAUUCUUUGAUCAAUUUGUAUAUGACUUGUGGGUUGUUGAGUAAUGCACGGAAGCUGUUUGAUGAAAUUCCUGUUACAGAUGUUGUCACUUGGAACUCGAUGGUUAUUGGGUAUUUGAGAAAUGGAGGGCUUGAUAAUGCAUUGGAUUUGUUUAGGAAGAUGAAUGGGAAGAAUAUCAUAUCUUGGAAUUCGAUUAUUACGGGGUUGGUUCAAGGUGGACUUGCAAAGGAGGCGCUCGAACUUUUCCAUGAAAUGCAGCAGAUUUCGGUUAAACCAGAUAAAAUUACAAUAGCUAGUGUCCUUUCAGCUUGUGCUCAACUAGGAGCUAUAGACCAUGGGAAAUGGGUGCAUUCUUAUCUGAGAAGAAACGGCAUAGAGUGUGAUGUGGUGAUUGGAACAGCGCUUGUCAAUAUGUAUGGCAAGUGUGGACUUGUGCAGCAAGCAUUUGAGAUCUUUGAAGAAAUGCCUGAGAAGGAUACCUCGGCAUGGACAGCGAUGAUUUCGGUGUUUGCUCUUCAUGGAUUAGGUUGGAAGGCUUUUGAUUGCUUUUUAGAGAUGGAAAGAGCCGGAGUUAAGCCAAACCAUGUUACAUUUGUUGGAUUAUUAUCAGCUUGUGCUCAUUCUGGCUUGGUGGAGCAAGGUCGUUGGUGCUUCGAUGUAAUGAAACGUGUUUACUUAAUCGAACCACAGGUUUAUCACUAUGCUUGCAUGGUUGAUCUUCUUAGUCGAGCAAGGCUCUUUGAUGAGUCAGUGAUUCUUAUCAGGAGCAUGCCAAUGGAACCGGAUGUUUAUGUCUGGGGUGCAUUACUCGGAGGCUGUCAGAUGCAUGGAAACGUUGAAUUGGGAGAAAAAGUGGCUCUUCAUUUGAUAGACUUGGAGCCUCACAAUCAUGCUUUCUACAUGAACUUGUGUGAUAUAUAUGGCAAAGCUGGCAGGUUUGAUGCUGCUAAAAGAAUUAGGAAUUUAUUGAAAGAAAGAAGAGUUCAAAAGAAAAUCCCUGGCUGUAGCAUGAUUGAAAUUAAUGGGGUGGUUCAAGAAUUUUCAGCUGGAGGGUCAUCUGAACUUCCUAUGAAAGAUCUGGUAUUGAUCUUAGAUAGAUUAUGUAACGAGAUGAAGAUAUGAGUUUCAUAUUUUCUGUGUUCCAUAUUCAGUUUCAGAUCCAAUAGUUUCUUGAAAAAGGAUGAAUUACAAAGAAUAUUGAGGAAUAAGACAACCCUUAAGAAUUGGAAAAAGUUCCACCUAUGUAAACUAGAAAGACAUAACUAUCAAUGGAAA